UCUCCAGCGCUGCUGCCUGGACACAACGCCUGCAUGAGAAUGGACCUAACACCCAUCCGCAUACGGGGGAAGAGGAAACCCCCCACAGCACCACCCACCGCAAAACACCAACUAUUUCCCACCCCUCCGGCUACAACACAACCCCCGUCUAAACGCCAGAAAACCAAGAAGAAAAAUGUUCCAAAACCAGCCAUGCCCACCCUCCAAGGCCUCCCCCAGGAACUCUUGGAGAUCAUCUUCCUCUACAGCAUGAACAUAUCGCUGCCCCGCUGUUGCCCGUCUCUUGGCCGCAAGCUCUCCUCUCGUGCAAUAACGCUCGAGUACACCAUGCGCCUGUUCUUCCACACAAUCAACCAAAAGCGCUUCCACCUAAAACGCAAAACUUCCAGCAUCGCGGCUCUCCAAUCCCCCCUGCUGUCCUGCCGCUUCUUCACGUGGGACUUCUUCCUGGCAUAUGUAGCCAAAGCACAGGAUGCCCGGAUCGACAUGCGGGGCAAAUUCUGGUACGACGUGACGUUGCCAGUCCCCGGGAUAGAGUGCUUUGACGGACUCGUUCCUACCAAGUUCGGCCUCGUGAACUACUUGGGUUUUGCAGAACGCUUCUUUGUCCCCGACAAACUCCUCUGUGGGCCAUGGACGGAUGGCAAAGUGGCUCUGCUUUAUGUUCUGGUCUCGUGGCACGGGCAGAUUGACUGGGAGGGCAGUCUAGCUGGAGAGGUGGCGAAGCGUGGGAUUAGAGGUGCAUUCAAAGAAGGCAACCAGCGUGCAGUCGCGGCGUUGGCUGUCUUGCUUGGUGUUGCAAAGGCCAUUGACACGAAUAUGCUGACAAGUGCGGCCAUCGACUCCCGCUGCAAUAUCAACAUUUUUCGCCAUCUGUUGUUCAAUGCGCAGAUAAACCGCCAGAUAUCAUCUGCCACGCUUGACUUUCUGGAUCCAGCGCUUUGGGCCGUUGCAGAUGCGAAUGGUGCGAGAGGACAGAUGGUGAAAAACAUGCUCAGGAAGGCUGAUGCGUUCGAACUGGAAUUUGACUUUGAUGAGGCUGCUGGCUCGCCCGAGGUCGUGCCAUUUCCUUACAAAAGAGGCAGCUUUGACACACUGACUGGCUUUAAUGAUACAGUACGCGAGAAACUCGAAACCCUGUACAGGAACUACGGAUUGGCACAUACCGACGAAAUGGGUGACGCCGAUAUCACAACGAGCAACUGGAGGCUGGUCGAGGUCGGCCGUGUGGUUCUCUUCAAUGAGGGCCAGUACGAGGGCCGGUUAGCCACGGUCGUCGAGAUCAUCGACCACAAGCGUGUGCUUGUUGAUGGUCCUUCCGAGAAGGCCCCCGUUCCCCGACAGGAAGUUGCGCUCGCGAAACUUUCCCUCACCCCGAUCGUCAUCCCCAAGCUGCCUCGCGCCACCGGUGUCGGCUUCGUCGCAAAGCAGUGGAAGGAGCACAAGGUCCAGGAGAAGUUUGACGAGAGCGCUUGGGCCAAGAAGCGUGCCGCGCUCCACAAGAGGCGGGCGCUGAACGACUUCGAGAGGUUCAAGGUCAUGAAGAUGAGGAAGCAGGCUCGCUUCGAGGUCCAGAAGACCUUUGCUAAGAUCCGCGCCAGCGCCAAGGCAUAAGCUCUCUCUUUUCUGUCGGGUGACAGCGCGUGGUGGUGGUGGCUGCAUGCAGGUGCUGGUGAGGCAUGACAUGCAGUUCAUGAGCGUUUCGAAGGCAACCCACGGCAUUCCGAAAUUCAAGACCUGGGUCCGGGUGAAUUAUUCAAGUGUUUGGCAUGGUGCAAUCGGAUGGGAUGGUUUACAG